ACAUAUCAAAAGACGCCAUAACUCCAAUGACUCGCUGAAGCCGGUAACCGGGAGUAAAUCCAACUCAUCUCGGUGUCUGUUAAGAGUAAUCGAAAAUAGCGGUAGUGCGUUUUAAUUAAGCUAUAUAUAAUUUAUCCAUCAGGGAUAUACUUACGGCUUCAAAAUGAGUAUAAUGUCAUAUAAUGGAGCUGCCAUCAUGGCUAUGACUGGAAAGGAUUGUGUUGCCAUAGCAUCUGACUUGAGGUUUGGUAUCCAGGCACAGACUGUCAGCAUGAACUUCCAGAAGGUGUUUGAGAUGGGACCAAGACUAUACAUAGGACUGGCAGGGCUAGCCACUGACGUACAGACAGUAGCACAGAGGUUGAAGUUUAGAAUAAAUCUUUACGAGUUGCGAGAAAACAGAAGAAUAAAGCCAAAGACACUAAUGAGUGUAGUUUCAAAUUUACUCUAUGAAAGAAGAUUUGGUCCCUAUUUUACGGAGCCAGUGAUAGCUGGUUUAGACCCCAAGACAGGGCAACCAUUCAUAGCGUCACUGGAUCUGAUAGGCUGCCCAAUGAUCACAGAGGAUUUUGUUGUCUCUGGGACAUGUUCAGAACAGAUGUAUGGCAUGUGCGAGUCGCUAUGGGAACCAGACAUGUCCCCCGAAGUCCUGUUUGAAGCUAUAUCACAGGCCUUGCUGAAUGCAGUGGACAGGGAUGCAGUGUCUGGCUGGGGAGCUAUAGUUCACAUUAUAGAAAAGGAUAAAGUUACCACCAAGACAUUGAAAGCCAGGAUGGAUUGAUUGGACAUUUAUCUGACACUAGUGACUUUGAUAUCUGCGGAUACUGCAGGCAGGAGACGUUUAAGGAAAGUGGAAUGGAGGUAGUCAAGACCAGUGGUCAGGGAUAGUUAAACAAGAAGCCUUGAUAGUCAGUGUUAUUGAUUAUUAUGCCAUCUCUUCAGCAGGACUUGGUUUGGAAUCGUCUGAGAUGUUCAGUUCCUACAGUUUGGGUUAACAGCUGUGAAACUGUCCAGCAAGGAGUUUGUGGCAAACACUGUAUAUGAACUGUGCUCCAAUGAUGUCUAAUUGAGCAACUGUUCACGAGAUAUCUCAUUGACAUUAUUAUUUAAUUCGUGUACUGACACAUGCGCAGCGGAAUUUUAUAGUAUCAAGAUUAUACUUUAAAUAAAGUAUUCUGGACUUUUUUUA